AUGUUUAUGAAGAUCAACUUGAAGAGCUUGGUAUUAAAAACUGUAUGUAUUGUGAUAUUAGAAUAUCUAAUCAUAAGUUUCCAAAAAGCAUAUUCAAUAGAUACAAAAAUAGAUGGGAAAAUUCAGGAAAAAAAAGAUGACCCAGUAGCAUAUGUGACUUCCAUCCCUUCGGUGUUAUUCAACGAAAUGAAAAAUCCAAUUGCAGGAGUGGGUGAUAUUUGUAUUGGAAACAACUGUAACUAUUAUCAAGAAAGUAAAGAAAAUAGACAAUCAGUAGUAAAAGAAAAUGAUUACUUAACGAGUUUCAAAGUUACAAGAUAUAUAUGUAUCUUAUUAUCAGAAAAUACUCUUAAUAGAGAAAAAGAGGCAGAUUCACUUUUUGAAAGAUUAAAUGAGUAUACAGAAAUUUCCGAGUUACCAUUUUCAUAUGUCGAAUUUUAUGAGAAACUUGGGAUUUUCAUAAUUGAUGUUAGGUCUAGUGUUAAAGAGUACGAAGAACGUAGUAUAAUUCCUUUGGCUGAAGGGUUAAGACUGAUCAGGAAGCUUGAUAUUUUGAACAAAGCUGAUUGUACUAGAGAUUCUUUGUUAAGUGAGCAGUCAGUAUUUACGAGUGAAAAUCAAGGUAAAUAUGUUGAUAGUUAUAAUAACAACAAGUGGAAUUGGAAUAUUAAUCCUAAUAGUUUUGGAAAUUUUAAUCGUUUUUUGAAUUCUCAAGAUAUUCAAAGAAAUGGUACUAACAAUCAACAAAUCGAUUAUUUGACAGAUGAAGCCAAAUUAUAUAAAGAGCUGGACGGCUACUUUCUAAAAAAGUUUAAUGAGGCAUCCAAUAUGCUAAAUAGAUUGAAUAUUUUUUCGACUGCAUCCUCUUCAUCAAAUUCCAAUAACCCUUCUUCAUCCUCAUUUUCAAGAGGAAGGCAAUCUUCAGUUUGGAAUGCAUUGAGCUUUCUAUCCAAUUUUUCAAAUAAGGAGGAUAAAGCUAAAUCUGAGUUUCCACAGGAAAUCGAAGAUCCAAUAUUUGGGAAAAUGGAUCCAAUUGAUAGUAAUUCUAAAUUAACUAUAUCACCAUUGUACCUGCUUGGCAUGAGUCUCAAAGGAAAAAAUAUUACAGAAUUGUCCCAGAAGUUUAAGAAUCAAACAUCUCCCAUACUCCCGGUGGAUAUGUCUAAAGAGGAUGUAAGCUUGGAUAAUGACCUCGCAAUGAACAUUGCAACCGUAAUUUUCAAAGGAAUGAGUGACUCUUCUUCUAAGCUUCCUCCUCCUUUCGGCAACCCAGCUAUCAAAAAUGAGCAAAAGAUCUCCGAAUACAGCUACAAUAAUCACAUUAAUCAGCUUAAUACUAACAAUAAUUACUAUAAUUCUCCAUCAAUAUCGAGCUGGAGUUAUAAACCCAUUCCCCAAGGAAAUAAUAAUGUCGUUGGUGGAUAUGAAAAUGAUAGUCAGCUAAACAUUCAAAGUGACAAUUUUAAAGGAGGCAAUUUUCAUCCUAGUUCAAAUAAUAAUGGUAUUCAUCCAACCGAUAAUACUAUUGUCGGGUUUAAUAGUGUUCCUCAAACUAACUCAAACAGUAAUUCUAAUAAGGUAGGGAUUCAUUCUCAAUCCGGCUCUGGGUUAGCUCCGAGCGUCUUUGAAUCAAUUGAUAAUUGGGGAAAGCAAAACUCGGCUUCUCAGCAAAAUUCUCCUUCAUCCGCUUUACCUCCACCAUAUUAUGCAGCAAAUGGUAUUAAAACAAUUAACCCAACUUUAGUUAAUCCAAAUAAUAAGAAUAAUCCUGAUAUAAAAGUACCAACAAUCAACUCUCCAACAACUUCAGAAUGGAUGAGAAAAACUAUUUCAAAACAAAAUGAAAGUGGUAUAAAACAACCUUUACUUGUUAAUAGCCAGAAUAAUCAAACAGAGAUUAACAAAUCUGGGAAUAGUAUGAGAUAUUCCACUCCACCUUUAAUCAAUUCAAAUGUUAAUCAUUUUAAUUCUCCACUAUCGCAGUUUUCAAAAUUAUCUAACAAUCCGUUUCAUGGAAACUCAGUUGGUACUACAUAUAUAAAAAUGAAUGGCAGUGUAUUUGAUGAUCCAAAUGAUAUUACUUCCUUCCAUCCCGAGGGUUUCAUCGACAAACUUCCAGAACAAGUACAGAAAAAUAUGACUAAGUCUCAAAGAGAAAAAAUCAAUUUAAUCAAUGCAUUUAUAGGUACAGGGUUUGAUACAAUUCUUCAGAUGAAUAAUAUAGAUACAGGAUCCGCUUAUAAUACCCAAAGCCAUGAUUCUUUUAGAUCUCCCUCACCAAAAAGGAGAUUAUUUGAAGUAGAUUCUUCAUUAAAAACAAACAAAACUCUAACAGAUCCAAAUAUAAAAAAUCAAAAUCUCAAUGAUCAACCAAACAGAGAAUAUGAAAUGUAUGCUCGGUUAUUGAGUAAUAUUGAUACUAACCAAGGUCAAGAUACUGCAAUGGCUUAUGUAACAGGAUGUGAUUGUGAUAGAUUUCCUGAAGGAGUUGCUUGUCCUAUGGUACUUUCAGGAGAAGCAAAUGUUGAAUGUAUUGGGUAUAAAGUUUGGAAUAGUGCAAAAAAGGGUGCUCCAUUGAGCGAGGUGGCUUCAGCAAUAGAUUCUGCCAUAUCUUCUAAAGCAAGAAAUAUUAUUUUACCUCUAAAGUUUGACUCAAAGACAAUAGAGGAGAAUAGAGCUGCUCCAAGAAUUUUGAGGCAUAUAAUGAGAAGAACUUCAAAAGAAAAUGGAAUAUUAUUUGCUUUACCAACAGGAAAUAACGGUAGACAGGAACUGGAUGGAAGUUUAGACUUUCCCUGCGACGAUUUGACAGGAAUGUACGCUUUUUGUGUGGGUUCAAUUAAUAACAAAAAUGGAAUGCCUUCAGACUUUUCAAAUGUUCCUCAGUUGAACAACGCAAUAUAUGUCAAUGGAGAGAAUGUUGAAUCAAUUGGAAUAAAUCAACAAAGACAGUUGUUUUCAGGUACUGGUAUUGCUUUAGCUCAAUCAAUAGGUGCUUUAAAUAUUAUUCAAGGUAUUACUAAGGACAAAACUAGCUCGUUUGACCAGCUUGCUAUCCUUUAUAGUGCACCUAAAAGGCUUCCAUCAAGGAAUUUCUUAGAGCAGCUUUUCGCUAACUCAAGUCCAAUCAUAUUCAAACCUCAACAGCAGCAACUUCAUAUAAGUCAAAGUUCUAAAAAUGAGAAUAAUUCUCCUGAUGGUGUCCUGAUGUUUGGAAUGGGGUCUGGGAACAACUCCAACCCAAAUUCUGUUUCAGACUCAGGUUCUCAUGAAAGGAUCAUGAAUUCAAAUCUAAUGAGUGGUAAUAAAGAUAAUGAUUUGGAUGCAAUUAUGGCCAGGAUUGAAAGCAUCGAAAAAAGUUUGAUCAAGUCAGGUUUGGAUGGUAAUACCGUUUUUAAAGCCGAUUUCCCACCCGGAGGUUCCUUUUCUUCUUCAUCAUCCUCCACUACUACUACUACUACUACUACUACUACUACUACUACUACUACUUCUACCACUACUACUACUACUACCAUUAAUACCACUACCAAUACUGUCACUGCCGUCGAUGGAAAUCUCUUCAAUGCCACAGAUCCUUCUUCUAAUACCUCUGGUUUUUCCAACAAUAUCAGUCCUAAUUCUUCAGAUCCAAGCAAAGAUAUUUCUUCUUCAAAUAUGACCAUAGAAUCUCAGAUAUCUGUUUCUGAUGGGAAUACCACUAAUACCAAUUCAACAAGCUUCAAAAACUCAAAUACAACCACUUUUUCCAAUACUUCCACUACCUCUAAUGCCACAAAUACUGCUAACACUACCAUUAAUUCCUCUACUUCCUUUUCUACUACUCCCACCUCUUUUUUUUUCACUGACCCCACUACCCUCACUGUCCCUACUGCAUCCUCCCCAAAAUCAAGGGUUCAAGAACCUAACUCAGCUUCUCCAUCUUCACGUUUUGAUCAACAAGAAGAAAACGAAAAUAGACAAUAUAAGGAAUCUAAUUAUAGUCCAGAGAUAAUAGGAGUUGUUUUAGAUCCAAAGGAAGUGACUGAAGUCUCCAGAUUAGUUCAUUCAAGUAAUGAACACUAUAGACAGUACAAUGAAAGAUAUAAUAGCCAAGGAAAAGAUCACGAAUACGAGUAUGACGAUGCAUAUAGACAGUAUUACAUUGAUGAAAAUGAAGAUAAAGAUCACAAAUAUGAUGAUAAAUACAAUUUAGAACAAAAUUUAUCGAAAAAUAUGUGUUAUGAAGAAGAAACUAGAUUCUACAGUUCUUUAGAAAUGGCUAUACCAGUAGAAAAUAUUGAACAAUGCAUCUUAUCUUGUAGUAACACUCCAGACUGUAGAUACUAUUCUUAUGGAGCAUUUCUUAGAGGUCCUGAAAGCAUUAUUGGCACUUGUAUAUUAAUGCCAGAUAAACAAGGAUCUGUAUCUUUACCCAAUUUUCAAUCUGGAACUCUAGGAUGUCCAGUUUCUGCAAGUAUUGCUUAUGCUCAAGCUAUGGAAGAAAGAUUAAUACAAGGAAUUAGUAAUGCACAGAAAAAUAGUCAAAAAUCUUCUGCUCAAGUUAAUAGCAAUUUAAACUCAGACUGGCCAGGAAUACUUUCUACUUCUACUGUAGCAGUUAAAAGUAUGAGUGGAUUUUUGUCCAGAUUUCCUCUUAAUGACAUUUUACAAACAAGUAUUUCACUAUACAACUCAGGAUUUUUAGAUCAAAAAGGUGCUUUAAGACCAAGUGGAGCCUUUGAAAAACAAAGUAUAUUACCUCCUCCUGGUGUUGGUUCCCCACAUGUUGUUUGUACAUUGCAAGGAAUGCAGUGUUGCGUCCCACAAAAAUCUGCCAAAGGAUGGAGAAAAAAACCUCCAAGCUUUCUAAGAGUUGAAGAUCCUUCGUGUGAAGCUAUUUAUGUUUCAAAAACAGAUAUGUUCUGUGCCACUACAUCAUUAUAUGAUAAUCAGGAUAUCUCUUCAUCAGAAUACAUUUCUCCGGAUGAUUUUAGAAGUAAAUCCUCAUUUCCAGGUAAUUCUUAUAAUUCUAAUCCAAAAUCUUCAGGGAAUUGUGGAAUGGUUAUUAUUGAAACUAGCGAACAUUUGAUUUUUCAAAAUACAUUAAAAAUGCCAUCUAAAGAGAUGAAUAAUGCUUUAUGUGAAUGUAAGCUUAAUAAAAGAGAUAAAAGUAUACAUGGGUCAGGUACUUGGGAGUACUCAGUACAAGCAGUUCAGGCUGCAAUGAGCCGUAAAGUAGAAGGAGAUCAGCUUUCUUCUGGAGUUGCUCAGGCCUUAGCUUGGGUAGAAGCUGUAGGAAAUGAUCCAAAUCCAGCAGUAAAUGGACUUGGAGAACUUAUUUCACAAGUAGCUCAAAGACCAAAUUCAGAUGUUGAACUAAUUACUCAGAUACCUGCAAUUAGCCAGAAUGCUGUCUCAAAUAUGCUUUACAAUCAACAACAACAACAAAUAGAAGAACAAGAGUUGAUGAUGAAGAAACAACAAUCUAUCCAACAAUACAAUAAUAUGAGAAAUUUAUUAAUUCAAAAUGAAAUUGAUGUUAAUAAUACCAAAAUUCAAAACCAAUUUGAUAGUCAAUGCUUAACAAGUUGGCCUGAAAAAUGUCAGAUUUGGAAAUCUAAAUGUGAGGAUAAUUUAAUAUAUGGUUAUAAAAAUCCUCAAUGUACUCCUUUAACUAUUUUGGAAAAUGGAUGCCCAAUGAAACAAGUUGGAUUCAAGGUGAAUCAAAUCAAUCCAGGAAUUUUAAGUUUCAGUUUUAAACCCAUGAAAUUUUCAGAUAAUUCUCCUUUUAGAAUUGCCUGCCAAUUUUCAUUAAUAAAAUGUUCUUUAGCAAAUAUUAAGAAUAAAUGUAAAAUAAAAAAUAACAUUAAGAAACUAAAAAAUCCUAAUGAAGAUGAUUCAAACAACAUCAAUAGUAAUAUUAGAAAACAUUUAAAUACUAACAAAAACAGCAGCCAUAAUAAUAAAAUAUCUCAUAAAAAAGAUAGUAAUGAUAAAGCUAAACAUAAUGAUUUAAAGCAUUUAUUUAAGAUUCCAAUAAAUUACCUUCCAUAUGUUCCAAAAGACGCUGAGGAAAACAAUGAUAAGAACUCUGAGAAUAUUAUAACUAAAUAUAUUAGAGUUCACUUCCCUCAAGCAGGAAACUUUUCAAAUAUGACUAUGGUAAAACUAUUAAACAAGGAGACAAAGAGAGAAUUUGCAGCAAAGAUGAUCAAUGAAGAGGAAAUACCCAAAAACAAUACAAUAGAAGAUGUAUUAAUCGACGAAAAUUCAAAUUUUGAGUAUCUUGGAAAGGUUGAAAUCGUUACCCAGGAUGAACAAAGCGAAGAUUUUCCAAGUUUUAUAUCUGAAGAUAUAUCAAAUAAUAUUAAUAAAAGCGAAAAUGAUAUUGAAAAUAAGCCAAUUGUUUUUAGCCAUAUUUUAAAGACAACAAAUAAUGAAACAAAAAAAUAUAAAGAACCUUUACUUUUGGAUAAAUACCAACCAGAUUUCUCAGGAGAAUCAUUCCCUGAAUUCAAAAUGGAUAAAGUUGUGAUUUCUAAUGAACAACCCAAAUAUGGAUAUUUAACAGGUGAGAAUUUUAAUUCUAGUAAAAGUUCUGGCUUUGAAUCCAAGCCAGUAAUGAACAAAAGUGCAGAAAAUUGGUAUGAAUAUCAGAAUGGAGAUGAAUAUUCCGAUGAAUAUGAAGAUCUAUAUUAUUAUGGUUUUGAAAAUGAUCAUGAAAGCAAUUCUAGUAAAAGCCAAAUCAGCGAUUUUAUUCCUUUUAUUUCAUCCAAUAACAAGAAUAACAAAUGGGAAGUACAAAUCAAUAAAUCAUCAGAAGCAAGUAGAGAUAUCCAAUCUUUAAUUACCUAUCAGAAUUUGAUUUUCUUUGUUAUUAGUUGUUCUAUGCCUAUUAUCCUCAUGCUUGGACUCAUUUAA